CAUCGCAUGAUGCGGCCAGCGCCGGCGCUCGCCGGCGGCGGCAGGACGCUCGCGAACAUUCUCUCCGCCACGGAGUGGAUGCUUCCCACCGCGGCCACCCAAGUCCACACCGUCUCCGUCCUCCCCUCCCACCAAUCCUCCCCUCCUGACAACUUCGCCUUCUCCAACCUUACCACGGCGCCUAAGAGCAGCGGCGGUAAAGGGGAAGAGCGGGGGAUUCCGAGGUUCGACGUGGUGCGAGAUGACCUCCUCCACCCCCUCGCCAACGGUAACAAGGCCCGCAAGCUCGACGCCUUGCUGCCGCUCCUCCGCCGCCGCGGCGCCACCGACUUGAUAACAUGCGGGGGUUGCCAGAGCGCUCAUGCGGCAGCCGUCGCGGUCCAUUGUGCGGAAUGGGGAAUCAGGUCACACCUACUGCUGAGGGGAGAGCAGCUAGAUGUCCCGACAGGCUACAAUUUGAUCUCCUUGAUGUUUGGCAACGUGACUUAUGCUGCCCGGUCAGUCUAUGCACAUCGAGAUGAGAUGCUUUAUGAGCAUGCCAGGAAGGUUGCUGGUACCAAAGGUACAGUGCUGUGGGCUGAUGAUAUUGUCAGAGAUGAUUUUGCUGUGGAUGAAGAGAUUCUUCGUGAGAAUGAUUCAAAAAGAGUGGUGAUUGUAAAGGAAGGGGCUGGUACUGUUCAAGCUCUUCUAGGUGUUAUGCGGCUAGUGGAGCACCUCUCUAAUUUGUCAUCAUUUCAGAAAGACGAAGAAGUCCAUAUCGUUGUGGAUGCUGGGACAGGCACAACAGCUGUUGGCUUAGCUCUUGGAGCGGUAUGUUUAGGACUUCAUUGGAGGGUAACUGCUGUCAUGCUUGCUGACACACUUGAAAGAUAUCAAGAACAGGAGAAAUCCCUGAUUUCUGAUUUUAAGGGGCUUUGCCAUGAAGACUGCCGCGACGUGAUCGGGGCAGAUGGUCUAGUUCACUGGGUGGACCGCUUUUCACCAAGAAAAUUCGGCAAGGUGUUGAGUGGCGAAAUCUCGUCGUGCCGCCACGUCGCUCAGCAGACCGGCAUCCUUCUUGACCCCGUGUACACCUUGGCCGCCUGGGAGCAAGCUGUCGAUCUAUGCCGUGGAGAGGACAGAGGAGCGAAAGUUGUCAUGAUCCACACCGGCGGAACCCUCGGCCUGUUUGGGCUGGCGCAAAGGUAUCCCCAGCACUUCUCCGCAGCAAACGGGCAAUCUUAAGCAGGCCAACAACACGCGGUGGCUCUGCUCAGAGAGGUCUGAAAGCGGUUUCGCUGGCUGGCUGGCUGGCUGGCAUAGCUUGCACGCAAGUUCCAAAGAAUUGCAUAGCUUCGACGCUGCGAUUUGCGUGCUGAAGUGGUCGGUGCAGUUGUCACUCCGGACAUGUGUAAAGCAAACUUUUCUUUUUUUUUUUGCAAAUGAACUGAGAAGCGAACUUUGAGCUUCAGACGUGAUUUUUUCCCUUCCUACAGAUUAUGUUGGAGUCAAUCUUCAGUUUAGAAAAUCGAAGAUGUAGUCUCUUGUUUUGAUCCCUUUGCUGUUUCAUUGAACAUACCGCAUGUAAUUUCUCCGGAUAAAGGCCGAGCAGAAA